AUGACGAAUCAACAAACAGAUUCUGAAGAUAUAAUUGAAGAGAGAGUAAUCAAUGAAGAGUAUAAGAUAUGGAAAAGAAAUACACCCUUCUUAUACGAUAUGCUGAUGUCACAUUGUCUAGAAUGGCCAAGUUUAACUGCUCAAUGGUUACCAUCUGUAGAAAAGACUGGAAGGGAUUAUUCCGUUCACCAUUUAAUACUUGGCACUCACACGUCAGAUGAACAAAAUCACUUACUGAUAGUUACAGUUCACCUGCCAAAUGAUCAAGCAGAAUUCGAUGCAAGUGCUUAUGAUAAUCAGCGGGGUGAUUUUGGUGGAUUUUAUUUUCCAUCUGGAAAGUUGGAAAUAUCAAUGGAAAUCAACCAUGAAGGAGAGGUGAAUCGUGCUCGGUUCAUGCCACAAAACCCAGAUAUAAUAGCUACUAAAACACCAAGUGGAGAUGUUUUAAUAUUUAAUUAUCCGAAUCAUCCUCCGAGUUCACCAAUGGAGCAAGGUUGUCGACCAGAUUUACGUCUUACGGGUCAUCAUAAAGAAGGUUAUGGAUUGUCGUGGAAUGUAUUACUCAGUGGUCAUCUUCUUUCAGCCUCUGAUGAUCAGACAAUAUGCUUGUGGGAUAUUAAUGCAGCACCGUUGGACGGUUGUAACCUGAACGCCAUGGCUAUCUUUACAGGACAUCAUUCAGUUGUAGAAGAUGUUUCAUGGCAUCUUUUUCAUGGAAAUAUUUUCGGUUCAGUAGCUGAUGACAAUAAACUUAUGAUUUGGGAUACACGUAGCUCGAAUCGUAGUAAACCACAACAUCAAGUUGAUGCGCAUACAGCCGAAGUGAACUGUCUGGCUUUUAAUCCAUUCUCUGAGUUUAUUAUUGCAACAGGCAGUGCGGACAAGACGGUGGCUCUUUGGGAUCUACGCAAUCUGCGAUUGAAACUGCACUCUUUUGAAUCUCAUCGAGAUGAAAUAUUUCAGGUUCAAUGGUCACCACAUAAUGAAACUAUACUCGGUAGUUCAGGUACUGAUCGACGUCUUCAUGUUUGGGAUUUAAGCAAAAUUGGUAUCGAUCAGUCGCCUGAAGAUGCAGAUGAUGGUCCACCUGAAUUAUUAUUCAUACAUGCUGGGCAUACAGCAAAGAUUUCCGAUUUUUCAUGGAAUGCUAAUGAUCCAUGGACUAUUUGUUCUGUUUCUGAGGAUAAUAUUUUACAAAUUUGGCAAAUGGCGGAAAAUAUAUAUAAUGAUGACGAAAUAGAAUUGGGCAAUAUAGAUCUUGAAGAACAACACUAA